ACAAUACUAAUCAAAACCUAAAGAUGUACUUUAAGAUUUGUGCUCUUGCUGCCCUUGUUGGCUGUGCCCUAGCUGCACCCCACGCCACUUCGUAUGCUUCUGUAACCAAACACCAUAAUCAUCAUGGCGACUAUCAUCAUGAUUACUUACCACAGUAUGGAUCUGCGUACGCGGGUUAUGGUUAUGGAUACGGAAACGGAUAUGGUUUGGGUUUAGGAGACGAUUACAAUGGAUACUAUGGUGGAUACAACGGCGGAUACUAUGAUCAUCACGAUGACCAUUAUGAUGGCUACCAUUAUCCACAAUAUGCCUACAAAUACGGUGUUGAGGAUCCUCACACACACGACAUCAAAUCUCAAGAGGAACAUCGUGAUGGAGAUGUUGUCAAGGGGCAUUAUAAGCUUGUUCAACCCGAUGGUCGUACUCGCAUUGUUCACUACACCGCUGAUAAGCACAAUGGAUUCAAUGCUGAUGUUCAAUAUUUAGGCCACGCUGCUCAUCCAUCUUACUACAAAUAUUAUUAACAUGUGAUUAUAUAAAGGCUUUAACGAUAUGAUAAAAAACUAAAAAGAUGUAAUUUUAUUAAAUAAAAAAAUGAUAUUUAUGUAAAGAAA